GACCUGGUAGCGGAAGCGAGAGGCGACGGGAGCUCCGCGCCGCUGCUAUGGAGGAGCCCGCGCGUCGGCGGCACAGGAAGCGGAGCCCGCGCGGAAGCCGCUCCCCGCCGGGAAACUCGGGCGCCAGCAGAUCACAGUCCAAGCGGAAAAACAAGUCCUCAGACAAAAGACGGAAAUCUCCCCGAGAGAAAAGGAGCCGAAGUCCCCAUCAUGCUAUACCUAAAGUGAAGCAGGAGCGAGAGGAUCGCUCCCGGAGGGGACAUGAAGAACGACAGCAUCGAGAUCAUUCUGAACUUGAGCACAGGCGAGACAGAAGCGAUGACAAAGACAGACACCGGGGCCAUUCAGGCCGAAGGAAGUCCCAUAGAGAUCAGCCUGGGAGUCACGAAAGGGAAAGAGACACUCAUCAUUUCCAGGAUCAGCAAGCACAGAGGGAAUUCUAUAAUGAGCGACGGCGUGAGCAUCGUCAGCAGAUGGAAGUGAGUGGUGAUGAGGAGGAGAAUCAGGAAACAAGGGGGCCUGACAGCAAGAACACAGACAAAGAGCCAGGUAACAAAGAAAAGCCGAGCUUUGAACUGUCUGGAGCACUCUUGGAGGAUUCCAACACUUUCCGUGGCGUCGUGAUCAAAUACACAGAGCCCCCAGAAGCACGCAUCCCCAAAAAGCGAUGGCGCCUGUAUCCUUUUAAGAAUGAUGAGGUUCUUCCAGUUAUGUACAUUCACAGGCAGAGUGCCUAUCUGUUGGGCAGACACCGGCGCAUUGCUGAUAUCCCCAUUGACCAUCCCUCAUGCUCCAAACAACAUGCUGUCUUUCAGUACCGGCUUGUGGAAUACACCCGCUCUGAUGGCACCGCGGGCCGGAAGGUAAAGCCCUACAUCAUUGACCUUGGCUCAGGCAAUGGCACAUUUUUGAAUAACCAGCGAAUUGAGCCUCAGCGCUAUUAUGAAUUGAAAGAGAAGGAUGUGUUGAAAUUCGGGUUCAGCAGCAGGGAGUAUGUCCUCCUCCAUGAGUCAUCAGAUACCACAGAGGUGGAUCAGAAGACAGAGAAGGAGGAGGAGGAGGAAGAGGAGGAGGAAGAGGAGGAGGAAGAAUCUACCUGACAGCAAGUUAGGGUGUGGAUGGAACCUUUUUCUGCAGCUGAGCUCAAAUCCUUAGUGAGGAUGUUGAGUCCUUGCUGUACUGAUGCCUCUCACUGCCUUAAAAUCUGCUGUCUUUAACUGGACACGUUAUUGGUGGUUUUGGGAACUCCUCAUACACUCACUGUGUUGAUGUUUAUGGACCUGUGGCUUCUCAGAUGAUUCAAGGAACGGAGGGUGCUUUUCAUGCCUAACUUGGCAGAGCAGUGGUGGUGCUGGAGUUCUUUAGUAUAUCUUGAAGCAACAAACCAUACUGGACAAAACACGGCCUUUUCCAAAUAACUAACACUUUAUUUUGCUUUUUAUUUCUUUCCCCCUUGAAAACAGUUUUAAAAUAGAUGCUACUUAUUUUUUUAAGUAGAGUUUUGGGAUAAACAAAGCCUGAUGGGUGUUCUGUAAUGUCUCUAGUUGUCUUUAUAAUGUGUUAAGAUGAAAAAUGCAUAACUUUUUAUGUAUUUCUAGGGUUCAUGUAGACUAUUUCGCAUCAAAAUAGGUUUUCAGGGAUAUCCUUUGCACAUCCCAGGCAGUGCAGUCUGGGCUGAAAAGGAACUGUUCCUGUGUCUUUCUGGCUUCCUUACCAGUGAAGUGGUGUGUGUGUGUGUGUCUGUCUUUCUUUCUUUCUGUGGUGCCUGUACUGCCCCAUGGAUAUAUUUUUCACUUAGUUUGGCAAGUAUAAUUUCCCUCCCAAAAUUAAAAUAAGAAUAGUUUCCUUUGUUUACAGAUGCCAACUGGUAGCAAGAGGAGAGGCCGUGUAUUCAUCAUUGUGGGAGGGCACAAGAACUUGUUCCACAGUAAGCUUUUUGAGCCCUGAAAACUUUUUCUAUUACUGAAGUUUUGUGCACAGCUGCCUUGUAAUAAAUGAAACAAUUUGCUGUACCCGAGUCAAUAACUUUCCUUUCUGGCCCACACUUUGAGAGCACUUUCUGUUUGCAUAAAUGUAUUGUGUAAAUAGGAUUGUGUGUGUAGAACAAUAUGAAGUGUACAUUAAGAUAAAGUUUAUCAUGUACAUUUUGGGCCAAAUUUGCAGGUUUUCAAGCAGUUGGUAACAGAGACUGUUCUGGACAGUAAUAUCUCUGGGAUCCUACGAGUCCCUAUUUUUAAAAUAAAUAAAGGAUUUGUAAAUUUAGCGUGAAUACCCUCA